AUGGCAAUUGCAAUUUAUACAUCUUUAAAAAUUAGGGAUUCCUCUAAAAAAAUUGCUCUACAACACUUGAAGGACGACAAAUCAGAAGGCCAUAGCAUCAUUCCUGAGUCACAUCAUCCAGAGCAUCAAUCGUUAUCCUGUGCCUCAACUUGGUGCAAGUUUUUGGAGCGCAGAGAUGAAUAUCUCUCUUCUCGGGAGUGGAUUGCGAAAUAUGGAAUAAAGGCCCGCCAUUUAGAUCUCUACUCCGUUCUGGAAGUGAUUUGCUUCCGACACUGUGAUGGGGUGAUCAAUCUUCUGCAAAAGCCAUCCUCCAAAGUUCCCAUUAGCGCGUGUCUAAGCGACAUAGUAGCUCCUCCACAAAUUCCACUUAAUACCAACUUUUGGAAAAGAAAAUUGCCUGUUUCUGAACCUACUGAUCCCUUCUGCAAUGAUCUUGAGAGAACUGGACCCAAACGUCUCAACAAAGCUCCUGUCAGCGCUGUGAGCAUUUAG